UUUCAGUCACAGAGGAGGCUCUGAAGGGGACACUUUCUCUUGGAAAAGCUGGGAGUACAAAAAGUAUGGCUGUAACUGGGGAUGAGACAGAAACAGGUCAUGCAGGUGAACUGACUGCCUACCAGCUGCAUAAGCCCAGCUCCAGCCUCCCGCCGGGGGCAGGGACAGGGACAGGGACAGGGACCAAUGCUCGUGGCUCCAAGAAACCUGUAGAGGAUGCCGUACAGAAGAGAGAACUCCGCUUGAUGAAGAACAGGGAAGCUGCCCGGGAGUGUCGACGAAAGAAGAAGGAAUAUGUCAGAUGCCUCGAAAAUCGCGUGGCCGUGCUCGAAAAUCAAAACAAGACUCUGAUUGAGGAGCUUAGAGCCUUAAAAGACAUCUAUCGACACAAAGUUGAGUAGAGGAGGAACCAGGAUUGUGUGGAACUGUGUUGUCGGCUUCUGUGGGGUGUCUCGAGGACUCUGGUUUUGCUUAUACAGACAAAUGUACAAACACUCACAUGAGCAUGAGCUAGCACAAAACACUCCUUGUCCUUGCUGUUAAAUGUGUUUACAUGAUGAUGUCAAUGUUUCUGGCUCUGAAUUAUCCAUGCGCCACUACCAGCAAAAACAAGAACCUUGUUUGAGGUCAGGGUUAUCGUCAGUGAGUAUCGCAAAGAGCUUGUGUCCCUGCCUGCACAGGGAGGCUGCCAGAGCAGGCAGGAAGAGAAAGAAGGAAUAUAUGGACCACCUGCAGAAUCGCAAUGCCUUACCAGAGACAGAGAAUCAGAUACUGAAGGCCCGGAACAAGGCCCAGCCAAAUACCCAGCCUAGAUCUGUGCUGUUAUCACCUGAAUUGCGCUGCAGUUUCCAUUUGUUUCUGAUUAGUUUUGUAAUUUGGCAUCAGUUGAUAGUCUUUGUGGUGGUUUAUGUUGCUAUGGAUGUUUGUUCAGGGAAACUCUGUCUUAAGCCAAAUGUUCAAAGGGGAUCUGAUCGUCAGGGUUUCACACAGCGAAGUUUGUGGUUUAUUUUAUUGCACUUCAGGAAUCCUUAUACAAGCAUACUAACAGGAAUUAACACUCACUGCAUUUAUCACCCAUCACCCAUCCUUCAUCCUUCUUUAAUGUAGAGACCCACCAGGAUCUGCUGUGCAUCCCUACAGAGACUUUUCUCCUUCUAACCUGUGGCAUUAAUAUGUGUUUGGGCGAGUUUACCCUGCAUUUUAUAGUUUUGAAUACCAGUUAUUAGUUUGCACAAAAAAAUUCAAAAGUAUUUGUCUUAAUAUGAAUAAGUGUAUAUUUAGUUAACACAUGCAUACAUGUGUGGAAAUUGUAUUUACUUCCUGCUUUAGUUCACUUCGCUUCCUCUCAGUUUACCUGGCUGAAUUUAGAACUGCAUUUAUGUGACUCUCAUUUGUGUUAAUGACAAAUUUAAUGCUGAAAUAAAGCUUUUUAACUUU